GAGUGAUCUUUCUAUCCCAGAAGUUAGUGCAUGUCACUUUGCCCACUGAGGGCUAUGCCUUGAACAUUUUCUUUGAUAGGGAAUUCACGUGUUGCCAUUCUGUGGACUCACUUUGCAUAGAGGUGAUACCUCAUUUUAUCUCCAGUAAUGAUGCAAUCCUGGAAACUGUUACCCUCAGCUUUGCAUUAGAUAAGUAGGUCUUGACAAACUUGCAUAUAAUGUUCUUUCUCCUGCUACAUGAACAUUCAUGGGACCCAACUGCCACAAACUUUGAUACUCCAACAUUGCCACCGUUGUUUCUAUCACAUUUAAACUGAUACUAAGCACCACACACAGUUCCCUGGUCAUGAUCUGCUGAUUAGCAUCAUUCAGCUGAUUGAGACAGUCCUCAUUUGGUCGCAUUACAGCUGUGCCUGGCAUCCAGGACAUGGCUCAUCUUUCAUGUCGCUGUUGCCAGUGCUGAAACACACCAUCCACUGUUUCCCUGUGCUCAUAUCCAUUGUUCAGUCUCCAUCAGUAUUAAGCAAGUGUUGCUGAAUGUCAGUGGGUGAUACCUUUUUCCACAUGGAGGAAUUCAGUUCCACACCCUUGAUUCAUACUUACUUCCAUGUCAGAUGCCAUUCAGUCAGAGUGCCCCUCUGUUGCUAUCUGUCACACAGUAGCAAUAUGUGACUGGAUAUUGAUGAGAAGGUUCAGCCUCUAGUGCCAUGCUGCCAACAUCUACCUCUGACUUUGUGAGGCAAAAUAAUAAAAUAGGAGGCAUUACUUUCAGAGCAGGUCUCUUACAACAUUUUGGAACAUUGUGAUUCCAAAUAGUUUAUAAUCUAUUUUGCAAAAGAGGUUGUUUUAAUUCUUCUAGUUACUACCUGAAUAUCUUGGUAGAACCCAACUGACAAUGGAAGGUAUUAGAAAGCAAAUGGGAUGUUUUAGCUUGUAUUAGGAAACGUAAGCAGCAGACCGGAAAGAUAGGGUAACAGUGAUCAGGUUUGCUUGGUGAGUUCCCUAGCUGUAGUCAUGGGUUGCAUUUGUUGCACAAUGUUGAAAGAUAAGCAGUGCUCUUUUGCUGGUGUCAUUAAUGCCAUGCUUUUUGUUCACGAAAAGAGGAUUACCACCGUUGCUUUUACUGAAAGCUGUUGAAAUCUAGGUCAUAAUUUUACAUCUGUUUUUCAGUCUAGUUUCAAUUGUUAGGAAUUCUUGCAAAGUUUCUUUCAAGUCUCCUAGAUAAGGCUUCUUCGGUGUCUGCUACUUGUCCAACAACAGCAUUUUUCAUUACAUCCUAGGCAUUUGCAAGAUCUCUCUAGUCUCAGAGCAAUGCUGGAUUAGAAAAGAAUUCUCAUUACAGUAUUAGACUGUCUGUUGAAAAGAGGUUGUUGUGGGUUGUGCUGAUAGCUGUAAUGCUGUUUACACUGAGCAAUAUCCUUGUUCAUAUCUGGGAUUUGUAGUCCAAACUGGAUUUCUAAGGUAUCCCAGCUCUACUCGCUCUGCUUUCAUUAGAAAAGGGAAAGCACAAGAAAUGUGAUGCAACAUACUAUUCUAUUGCCAGCUCUUCUUGGCAAUUUUAGACCGUAUCAUGGCAUUGUGAUCUUUUUUCUUGUUUCAUAAGGUUAUAAAGCCUUGAAGGUUUCUAUUGGCUUCUGAUGUCUGUGUCCUUCAACUGAUUUCUAUUGAAAAGUCUGAUCAGUGAAAGGCUGUGAUUUUUAUUUAAGGAUAAAAAAAGGAGUUAGCAAUGAAUGAAACUUGAAGACGUGAUUUCUUUCUUCUCUUGUUGGCCUAUAAAAUUUCAUCAUAGUGGAGGGUAAACCACAACAGAAGGUCAGUGAAUUCUAUAAGAUAGAAAAUGCAUUGUGAUAUACAUGAAGAGGUGGCCAUAUAAAAUGGACUCGUUUUCUGCAUAAGUUUUCCAAAUCUGGAUAUUGAGAUUCAUAACCCAUUAUUUGAUAAUAUUGAUUCCUGGUGGGUACUUCCAAAUGGAGAGUAGUUUGUUGAUUUCUAUUGCCAAUUGUUUUGAUUACUCUGUCAAUUUAGGCUGUAGUAGCCUGUUAAUACGUAUGAAUUUCUUGUUGAAAGUUUUUGUGAUACUAUAAGAUGGGGGUAAGAUGUGUUGGUUGCAGAUGAUACUGUUAGUGGUGGUUAAUGGAAAAGAAAAAGAACAAAUGGUUAAGUCAAAAUACUAAAGACUUCAAAGGCAGUGACUCCAAGAUUUACGUGAGAAGGUAGCAGUUUCUUAAUAAGCUUCUUCCAGUGAUGUAUUGUUUCUUAGGAUUAUUCUUUUAAGAAUUUGCCUGUACAUUUAUUCUGCUCUUAAUUUCUUUGUGCUGUGAAUUCUCAGAAGAGCCUUCCAAAACAGUUGACUAAUUUUAAUGAUCAUUCUCACUGGACUUACCAUGUAGAGUAAGUAGUAUAGAUCCAACAUAAAGGCAACUUUUGAUAUAUUGAGCUUUUGAAUUCCAGUCUUCAUACUUCUGUUGAUUCAAAUGUAUUUAUCUGGCUGUUGCAAGGAAAAGGUUAAAAGUUGAAGACAUUUUUCAGGUUUGCUCCGCUCGUAUCUAAUCUUCAUGUAAAUGAAUGUCUGCAUUUUCUUGCUGUGUAUCAAAUCUAAUAUGUCACCCAGUAUGAUUUCUGGCAGUUAUAAUUGACGGUCUGUGAGUACAGGUACUUAGAGUGUGCAAUUAUAAAUCUUCAUUAGGUUAUUACAGAAGCUGAUUUUUCUUUGUCAUUCAUUAAAGUUACUUUGUUAAAAAAAAACUUUCAUGAAGCUGUCGAUACGGAAUUUAGGAAAUGGCAAGAACAUGCCUAUUAUGAUACACUCCUUCAGAGCUGUUUCAUAUUCCUUUGUAAAGUCAAAAUUUGUUACUUAACUGUUUAUAUCAUUCCAAUGAAGUAAGAUGGGCCUACUUUUGAAGCUAAUGCUCUGUCUUCCACUCUCUUUAUUUAUCAAGUCAGAUGUGUGCUCACUCAUAUGUAAUCACCUCUCUCUACCUGCUAGCUGUGCUGCCAAUGGCACCCCAGAUCUCAUUGGUCUUCUUGGCACACUGCUGGCUCAUAGCCAACCUGUUGUCCACCAGGACACUGAGGUUCUAAUGUGCAGAGCACUCCUCCAACAGGUCAUCCCUUCACCUGCUCUGAUGUGCAUGUGGUUAUUCCUCCCCAGCUGUAGGACUCUCCUUGUCCUUCAGCAAGGACAAGGGGAAAUGAUUUUAAACUGAGGCAGGGAAGCUUUAAGUUAGAUAUUAGGAGGAAGUUUUUCACACAGAGGGUGGUGACGCACUGGAACAGGUUGCCCAAGGAGGUUGUGGAUGCCCCAUCCCUGGAGGCAUUCAAGGCCAGGCUGGAUGUGGCUCUGGGCAGCCUGGUCUGGUGGCUGGCGACCCUGCACAUAGCAGGGGGUUGAACCUAAAUGAUCUUUGUGGUCCUUUUCAUCCCAGGCCAUUCUAUGAUUCUGUGACCCUAAGUUGCCCUUGUUGAGCCACAUCAGGUUCCUGAAAGUUAGUUACAGUGUUUGAAAUUCUGGAAUUAUUUAAUGCAUGUUUUUUAUAUCUUUGAUGUUUAAUUGCAUCUGUAUUUAUAAUUCUUAUCUGGUUUGAACAGUGUACUAAAUAUUGCAAUAUGAAUAGUGGAGGCUAAAGCCACACAUGCAGUUUUUGCAGCAUAUCACAUCCAUCUCAUUGAUGGCUAGUCUUUUAUAUGUUACUAUUUUAUUCACAGGCUUAUUCUUUGGAUACUUUGUCUUUUCUUCUUGAUUGGCAUAACUAAUGUUUUUUAUUGCUGUAAUAACCGUUUACUACAAGGUGAGAAAUUUACUUUCCAAGUGAACUUACAGUUUCAUAAGCCCUGUCAUUUUUCUAGAUUUUAAAUGGAAGUAAAAUUUAUGAAAGGGAGACAUACGUAUUUUCUUAUCCUCAAUGGGGAAAGUAGUUCUGUAGUUUUCUCCUUUUUUCUCAGCAUGUUGCAAGUCCUCUUUGAUUCUGUCUUCUUAUUUAAUAGUAAAAAUGCUAAGGAUAAAAAGGAAAUUAAAUUACAAAGAUUGCUUCUAACCUUUUUGUGGUACAUGUUUGCAUGUAUAAAUGUUUUGUAUUGUGAGUGUAUUAAGCAGAAAUGCUUCUGCUGAGUGAUUAGUUUGUGUUGCAGCUUCUGUAUCUCCCCUUCAUAACAGUUACAGUUGCUAUUAUAUGAGAGUCCAACAGUGCUCAGUAGAAAACAGGAAUUUUGAGUUACUGAAGCAGCAAAUAAAGAUUUCCUCCUCCCAGCUCCUCCCUUUCACCGGUUAGACAGCAUUGCUUGAAGGAAUUUCUCCCAUAUUGGAUAUUUCCCUUAUCAUCACAGAGGCUGUACAUAGGUAUUUCAUUAUUCAGUGUUCUGAGGAUAAUAUGCCUAUCUAUCUUACUUUACAUAAUUGACUAUGUAAAACAUAUUAAAAGAAAAGUCAAAUUUGAAAAUGAAUAGAUAAUUCCAAAGAACAGUGUUUUGCUGUUGAUUUAAUGGUCUCAGAGUAAAGAACUAAAUGCUCUGCAAAUUAUGAGUUUUGUUUGAUACAGGCUAUGCCUAAAUUGGACCACUGACCAGUCUUACUUGUUCUACUGAUUUUGGUCUUUAUUAGAUAUUUUAAAGGAAAUUAAAACUGCUAGAAUUAAAGAUCAUUAAAUGGUUGUUUUUUUAAACUUUACUCUCCCUGUCAACUCUAGGGACUUUUGGCCAGCUAUAGUUGAAAAACAGAGGAGAAUUUUGGUUGACAUUGUUUUGUAUUUUACAUUUCAAACAUUUUUAAAAAUGCUACUGUUUAUGGCUAGAAUAUAUAUUUUUUAAAGCUUUAGAAAUGUAAGUUUCUUUUCACAGAGUUUCAAAGACUUCUGCUUCUAAAAUAUGUCUUGUCCAUCCAUUCUGCUUCACUUGCUUGUGUCUUCCUGCAUUUAGGCUUGGGUUAUUUUGUAGACACGGAUGUUGAAUGAUACUUUGCCCCUUAUGUGAACUUAUGCUUUGAUACUACUGUAGUGUCUCUUGUUUGACUAUGGCUAUUAAUGUACUUUGGCAUCACCAUUUUGCCAAACUAAUUGUCUCAUGUCAGUACAAAUUGUUCUUGGGUUUGUUUUUUGUUUUUUGGUUUUUUUUUAGUUGCAGUGCUACUUUUAGGCUUAAUCUCUAAUUUUGCAUCUAUUUUCAUUAUUUCCCCCUUUCUUCUUUAGAUUAUGUCACUGAACUUUGUUAGUGCUCACUCCUGUGACAGAUAAGCUGAGGAUAUAAUGUCUGGUCCAUAAGUAAAGGGACUGUUCACAGUAUACAUGUGAAACCUGCGUCUGCACAAGAGACACUGAAGGAAACUGAAGCCCAUGAACCUAGGCUGUGGUUUUUAUAGUAUACAUUGAGCAGUGCAGACAAGUUAGCUUAAAAAAGAUGGCCUAAAAUGAAACUUAGCUAUGUGCCUGGAUCAAGUCUGAGGUGCAGCCUAGAAAUAUACUAUAAAUACAUAAUAUGCAUGUGUGUAAAUAUAUAUUUAAAUUCUGUAUGUAAUUUAAAUGUUCCACACAGUGGCAUAUCACGAAAUUCUCACAUCCAAGGUUUUUGAGGCUCACUGGCUUGGCUGAGGGGGUUUGCCUGGCUGGCAUGGCUGAGUAGUUCUCUAGGCCUUGCCUUCCAAACAUCAAGGUUCUCCAUUUUGCAAUACUGCACUUAUACAAAGAGCAGUUUUGUUAUGCAGGCAGAUGGAACAGUACAAAUUGCUGUUUAUUUAAUAAAAUAUUUUCUGUCUGGAAAAUACAAGAAUUUACCAAUAACACGGCAGUACUGUUAUAAAUGGAUAUGCUUUAUUGUAAUAUCUAACUAUCUUGACAAACCUUGUUAGAGCUCUCCUACUUAAAGUUUUUUUUUUUUAAGGCAGCAGUUGAAGAUUAAGAUAAUUCUUGGUUUUUCUAGAAACCGCUAGUUGAGAUUUCCUUUCCAACAGUACUUCUGAAGCACAGAUAAAAUGGCUUCCUGCCUGACAGUUUCCUGUAUCCAUGGCAACCUCACUUUAACUACUUCUUACUUAAUUUCCUGAAUGAACAGUUGCAAAUCCAGGGGCAAAAUGCGAGAGCUGUCUGUGAUACACAGCGGUAUCACUUUUCCAAGUGUUUCGCAGAUGGGUAUUGUCAGCUGGUAACAGCCUAACAAACUGCAAAACAAUGAAAGAACAGAAAUAAUGAACUUCAGAUUUGGGCAAAGUCAGAAAUGAGGGAGAAGGCCAAAGACAGGGAUAUGUGUGGACUACAGAGUUUUUCACCCUGCACAAGAGCAUUCCUGCAUCUCCUUAGUGGCUUUCUUUUGUUGCUGCUCCAGAAGGAGGUUCUUGGCUGUCCAACUCUUUGCCAGCUCUGCACAGGGAGGCAAGUUACCUGUCGUAACUUGGGUCUUUCAAGCAUCCCUCGGAACUUCCCUAAAACUACAAUUCUUGUAUACUUCAGUGGGAAUAAUAUAUCUCAUGUCAUUCCAAAUGAAUUAACAGGUCUUCAGAAACUUGCUGCACUUUACAUGGAUAAUUCCAGUAUUUCAUAUGUACACCCAAAAGCUUUUGUGGAUCUUCCUAAACUUUGCUACUUGCAUCUAAAUAACAAUAAUAUUAAACGCCUGGAUCCAGGAACUUUUGAAGGUCUUUCCAAUCUUCAUUAUUUAUACCUUCAGAAUAAUCAAAUAGCUUUUGUUUCCCGAGGAUUAUUUAGUGAUCUUCUUUCUGUUAGAUAUUUAACACUUCAAAGAAAUCGUCUCAGUGUCCUUGGAGGUGGAACUUUCUUGGGAAUGAGAAAUCUUCAAACACUUAACCUAGCCAAUAAUAAGAUUUCACGGAUAUCAGAUGCAGCGUUUUGUCAUCUUGAAAACCUUGUAUACUUGUUCCUUGAAGGUAACAACUUAACACUUGUGCCAUCAAAAGCCAUUGGAAUGCUCAGAAAUCUUGAAAGACUUUCUUUAUCUCACAAUCCUAUUAGAUCAAUACAGCGUUUUGCAUUUAAAGGACUUAACAAGCUUAGAUAUCUGUCUUUAAAAAGUGUAAAGCUACAACAUAUUGCUGUAAACGGAUUUUUUGGAUUAAGCGACCUUACUCAGUUAAUCUUAAGUUAUAAUGAUUUAGAAAAUAUAAAUUCUAGCACUUUUACUUCUUUGAAUAGUUUAAAGUAUCUGCAGUUGGACCGAAAUAAAAUAGCAAGUAUUGGUGACAGUGUCUUUGAGAAAAUGGGGCAGUCACUUAAAAUUCUCAAUUUAGCUUUUAAUAGUAUUACAGAAUUGCAACCUAAAGUGCUUAAACCCUUAGUGUCUUUAACUCAUCUACACAUAAAUUAUAAUCCUUGGAACUGUAGUUGCAAAAUGCUUGGGUUACUUAAGUGGCUGGCAUCAUCUCGCAUUUCUGUUAAAAUUCUUUGUCAGAAUCCCCUCAGCAUGCGUGGCAGACCGUUGCAUUACAUCAAGUGGACUCUGUUUGCAAACUGCAGUAGCCUCACUGCCAGCCCAGAAGCAGCCUGGAAUCUAGAAUCUGCAGAUACCCAUCAUGGCCCUACCACUUUGCUGAUGGCAUGGCAUAAGGGAAACAGUCGCAUUCCAUCUGAGCAGUUUAUUAAAGCUGAUACGAAAUACACUGCUCUCUGGGAAGGAACUGCAGUUACAUCUGCUAGCCCUUUGCCUUAUGGAGAAAACACUGCUCCUGAAACUCCUUCACUGGCACCUACAAUAGUAUCAGUUCUACCAGUACAAAUACCAGCACAGAUUAUACCUGUUACCAGAACCAUAGAAGUACAAAGUUUGUUUCCAACAGAUGCUGCUCCUGUAUCGUUACAGACAUCUGUACUUUGUACACAACAGGUUGAAAAGCUCAAUCAAGCCUUUGAUGUUUUGCUAGCCUUUUUCGUUCUGGCUUGUGCUGUGAUCUUGUUCCUAACCUACAAAAUCAUUCACUUCAGACAGAAACUAAAAGUGCUGGAAAACUCAGGGGAGAAGCGAAUAGAAUAUUAUGGUUUUUAUCAACCUGGCAGAUACAACAUAAAUGACGCAGUGCAGUCUCUAACUGAAAAUUCAGCAGGAGAUUCAGAAUUGGACCAAAUUAGGCUGCUCAAGCGAACAGCAUCUGAAAGUCAGGCACAGGUCAUAUUGUUUGAACAUUCAUCACUGUAAUUUACUUCUGUUGAUUUGAUGUCAAUUUUACUCCAAUCUGAAAUGUCGAGAAGUCAAGAAUUUGAUUUUCCAAAAAAAUGAGCUGAUUGAUAGAAUUGUGGAAAAUAGUGUAAUUUGGGUUUAUUUGCUUUCUCAGUGUUCUGAAGUUCAUUGAUUUUUAUUAAACGUCAUUUAUACCUGAUAUGGAUUACCUAUGUUCCUGUUGUAGGAUUCUUUCAUCUGUAGCGCAAGUAUGUGUUCACUAGAGAGAAUGUUCAUAUUAUUUAUUUUGCAGUACUUAUGGGUAUUAAGUUUCUGUAGUAAUCACAUAACUAACUUGAAAUUAAAGGCAACUAGAUCAUAAAACCAAGAAACCUGGGGAAUGAAAAGAGCAGUGCUUAAUGUAUUUAUUGCAUACACGGUUUCCUGUACUCAGUCUGUAUAACAAAUAUAUUAAAAUAUGAUUUUUAAUAGUCUGUAUUUGUAUCAUUUUGUGGUCAUAACUUAUUAGGAGUUAAUAUGGAAGCUAAAUAUUGGAUUCAAAAAUUGAUAACAUUUGUAAUGUCUCUGAAAUGGUUAAUUAUUGUCUGUAAAAAGAUGGUGUCAUCUACAUAGUGAAGUUUGAGGGAGUCUUUGGCUAGAUGAGGGGUAUAAACUGAAGAAAUCUAUUGAGAAUACUUAAGUAUUUGUGUAUUUUGAAAUGUUAGAUCAAAAUAUGUUUUCUAAGUGAAGACUACAUUCUAGGAUUGUGCUUGAAAUGAUGGGUAUUAUGCAAACCAUGUAGUUUGCAUUUGUUUAAACUUCUACAUUUUUAUUUAGAAUAUUGAUGUGUGGGAUGCUUUAGGGUUUCUGGCUCCAGCCUGACUUCUGCUAGCAUAACUAAUGUGCAUGGCCAUGUUGUUGCACUCCUUAUCACCCCAUUUGUUUGUUUCCAAUGCAUUUCCAGGAAUGACAAGAUAUUUUCUGCUGGCAGUACAAAUGUAGACCUUGCCUGUACUAUUACAGGUGUGAAUGUGGAAGUCUACACUGUGUUCCUCUGUUGUUGCUUGCUACGUCUUUCUACUGGAUGUAACAAAAUCUGAGUUUUGUUGAGAUUUACUUGCAUUGUAUUGUAGUGCUGUAUUUUACUCUAAUUUAAUGUAUAAUAGGUGAACUAUUUCUAUCUUACGGAAUGCUUAAUUCUACUAGUUGGGCAAAAGCUUAAACUGUUUUGAGUUUCGUGACUAGAAACUUUGUUUUAUAUAUACCUUUAUAGCCAUAAAUAUUAAAUGUAGUGUGCUUUUUUGUUUGUUUCUUAAGGGGAGAAAAUGCUAAUUACUCUCAAAUUCAUGCUUAAUUUUUUUAACUCCAAUACAGUGCUUUACUCCUUAACCCCUUUUUAUCCUUCCUACAUAAUUGGUUGCAGCAAGUGUUAAGCUUAUUAGGCUUUUUUGUGUUUUGAAUUGUUUUUAUUUUCAUUUAGUAACAGCUACACUGUGUGUAAUUCUACAGUAGUAAGUUUGGUUGUCUUAAGUUCUUUAUCUGUAAACUUUCAAUUUUAUAUGGCUGUCUUCAGAAAUAACGGUCCUUAUUAGCAUCUGAGUGAUGAUCAUUCUAGUCAAAGCUAAUUAAAUAGGUUUUCUUAAGUAGUAAUGCUGAUGUGCCCAUGUGGGAGAGGACGUCAUGGGAGUGAGUGAAGGCUGGGAAAGAACAAGCCCAAUUCUGAAAUCUGAGAGACUGUGUGCUUCUGAGCUGUACUCAGCAGAAGACCACAGUUCCCUCUGAAGGUGUUUCCUUUUCACUGACAAGCUUCUGUAGGAAUCAUCUUCUAGAUGUGCGUCCUAUCAUUUCCAGUGGUUCAGUUUAAAUGAAAUUGAUACUGCCAGCAUCAUUUCUGUAAGUUUUGCUGGGACAAUCGAAGCUAUCUUAUGGAGAGGAGUCAUCCUCCAAUAACCAACUUGAGAAAAAUUUCCAGCUUUGCUGUACAGAGAAUUUGAGGGAUGUAACUGUGGGAAAGUGCAGUCAGUAACUGCCAAGUUAAAUGUUCACGCUAGGACACAGGAAUACUGUGUGUGUGGUUCAUAUGUCUGUUUAAAUCACUGGAGAAUACAGACUUCAGAAGUCUCAGUAGUGCCUGCCCACAUGAAGCAAAAUGGUCUAUAGACUUCCACUUAGUCACAGUCCCUUAUUAGAUUCUCAUUUGUAAAGCUCAUUAUCAUGUUUGCAGUCAGCCAUACGGUUCCCCUGGAAAUGCUGUCUUAGAUGUGUCGUUAUCAUUUUAGGAGCUCUGUAGCACUGCACAGCAUCUAGAGGAGAAAAAAAUAAUCGUUUACAUUGCUCAUAGCACGUAAAAAGUAAGCUCCAUUUGUGCCCUUCAGUCUCUUCCCACUGCUAAUGAAAUAAGAAUAAAUAAUUUAUUAAUCUAUCUUGAAUUAACACCAGUAAAGAUAUGAUGCUCGUCCCUUUUUCUAUUUUUGCUGCUUCAUCCUGGCAAAAGAGAAAAUCUCUGCUUUUCUACUGCAUCUUUUUAAUGUCUAGAAGAGAAAGGUAUGUCUGCAAUUAGGUAUGCUUGCCAAUAAGAAUGUUUUCUCAGUUUCUGAUAGACCAAGAAAGAUGUAUAGGAGACAUGAAGACUAUUUUAUUUACAUACUACUAGCAAUUUGUUAUCAUCUAUGCUAUUUAACUGAAAUCCAAAGUUGCUGUAGUGAUAGUUGUCGCAGAAAACACUGGGUAAAAAUUUUGAAUGGAUAGCUUGAAUGAGUUGGAAAUGGCAGAACUUCCUUUUAUCUCACAGAAUUUGCAAACUUUGAAAUGAAAAACGAACAUGUUCAACCUGUCAUAAAUAGAUUUGUUGCAUUUUUUUAUUAGAGACAAGUUGAUUAUUAUUAUUAUUUUUUAAGUAGGUAACAUGAAAGAUCCCUUUUGUAAUUACAACAAUAAGGUCUUAAGUGCAUCUCUGGAACUGGAUCCUGGACUGGUUUAAAUCCUGACUACCAACUUCAUACAAGCUGUAAACGUCAAAUUCCAGGCCUGUCCCUUGAUAUUCUUGAUAUGUACCGAACUAGGUUUUGUCCUGAUGACUUAAAGGACCUUGGGGUAGUUAGAAAAUCAGUUACAACUUUAUGCUGUUACUUAUUAUGCUACUGACCUUGAUUAGAUGCAAUUGAAAGGUGGAACUGCUUAAAUGCUGCCUUCAGCCUGAGAUGAGAUUUUUUUGUAUGGACAGUGUUAACUGUUCAGUUUCACAAUGAAAGUUCAGCAAAAUAUGUUGUCCAUUUCUUUUCUGAAGCCACUCUUGAGAAUUUUCCAGCAUGUUUCUUAAAACAACCAGUCUAAUUUUAGACUUCUAAAAAGAGAUUUCCUUGAUUUGCGAGGCUCUUUCCCUUUCUUCCAUGAAAAUGACACCUGAUAUCUCAUUGUGUUGCUGCUGAACUUUAUCCCAAGUUUUUUUUGGUUGUGGUUUUGUUUUUUUCAAGCCACAGUAAACAUAUGCUGCCUUUAUUUCCCCCCAGCAUAUGUCUUACAUUCUAAAAAUAGUUCUAUUGUUUCAUGAUUUUGGACUUGAUAAAUGUUUUGGGGAGUGUCUGAUAGGAAGAAACUGUCUCCUUUCAAGAGGAAAAGGAAGGGAAAAAAGAUGGUUUUAUCUUCACUGAAAACUGCGGGUAGCUGUUAGAUUAUUUUGAAAGGCCUUCUGUAUUCUGUGGCACUGCUUUCCUCAGGAAAAUUAUCAUUACAUUUCUAUUAUUCACUUCAAAAAGAAGUAAAAUAAUGUCUCUAUUUUAUGCUACAAGAUAAAAAUAGCAUUUUCAAGUAAAGAAAACUCUGAUUUCUCAGCACGCUCUGCAGUUAAUUAUCAGGAGCUGUAUUUUGAAUUUUUAGCCACCUUCUUCAGUUUCUUCUGGAUAUAUCACAGAUCACUGGAUGCACGAGUUAACUGAAAAGGGACUCCCUCCCUCUGUGCUUUUCCUAUUAGUCUGCAAGCCUGGCAGAGAUGAAAAAGAAAAAAAAAAGUUAAUGAGCACUGUGCUUACUUAUUUAUAUUUUGGUUAAUUAACAUAACUCACUUGUAUAGAUUGACCAUAAUUAGCACUUGCAGCAAAUGAAAAGGCUGUGCCUACUUUGGGUUAAACAUUUUCCUCUCUUCUCUCCCCUCCAAGUAAAAUUAUGCAGUUCCUCUGGCAAUUAGAUGUUCUUCAUGUGGCUUGAAAGGAACAAAUUCAGCUACCAGGUAGCUGAUAGAACUACACUAUUAAAAUGGUGCAUACUUACAGAGAGUAGUGUACUCCUCCGAGGUGGAGUGUUCUUGGUUGAAUUCCCCACAUCCUCUUUUGAAAGGAAUGUGAGGACAGCUGUUUCCUUUCUUACAAUGGAAAAUACUAACCACGCUAAUGGGGAUUUUCCUAGAUGUAUGUUGUUAAAGGAAAAAAAAAAAAAGUAUGAAGAGAAAAAGCUUUAAUGAAGGUAGGUGUGCUUUGUAGAAAUCUAACUGAACUGAAGAAAUUCUUAACUCUGAGGGCUUAUUCUGCAGUCUGCUAAACAGGCUGUGCUCAUUUUCUUUAGGUUGUUUGUUUUCUCCUUUGGAUGAGGUAGGGAAGCUGUUUGGCAAGGAACAAAGUCUUUUCUAAAAUGUAAGUGGCAACAAUAAGAGGCCAGACUGAAGGAAAAUUCCAUCAGUUUUCAUCCCUGAAAGUGCUGGAGUUUCAGCUUUCAGCAUUUAAAUAUAGUUCUAUUCCUGGCAAUUGACCUUAGCUGAAUAAAAUUUAUGAAAAAAUUUCAUUUGAAAACAAAAUGAUCAUGAGCUGAAUCAUAAUCUUAUAAAAACAAAGUUUGAAUAAAUAUUUUAAUAGACUUGAUAUUCAAAACUUGAUAGGCUUUUUUUUCCCCAAAGCAUCUGUUUUGCAAUGUUAUAUAUUUAAGAUUUUGUAUGUCUGCAGCAACCACCUCUGGGAAAAAUGAACCCUGAAAUUCUGAAAUUGUGCUAAUUGAAAUCAUUAAUCAAUAGCAGUGACACAUGAGGGAGUUAUCGUUUUCCAUCACUAAUCAGACUUUUCGAUUUCUUUGCCAGUAGCUAAAACUGUUUGCUUGCAGAGUGCCUGAACCCUUAUAUAGCUUACGGGCUAGGAGUCUGUGCAUUGAUAGCCAAACCCAGAAUAUCAGAGAAUUCAGCAGAAGUGACAGCAGUCAAGAGCUACUCUCCCUUAACUAGAAGCUGCUGGUACCUGCUUUUUCAUCUGGGAGUCUGGGAGGUCAUGGUUUCAUGCCCUUCUCACACUACAGGCAUGUGAUUUUGCAAGGCAGGGAUGUGCAUCUAAAUGAUUUAGGAGAUUGGUGUCAUUUGGGAUGCUUGGAUUAUCCAACCUGGCCUUCAGCUUCUGUUGGAGAAAGGAAGGUGCUCAUCUUUAUUUCCUUAUUUUUUCAGUCUGUGGUGCUACCUGCCAGCUCUUUGGUCUGGUAAUUCAAAUGACAGGAGUUAGCUGUGCUUCAGUAGAGCUGAAACGUGCUUCCACCUUUCGAAUUAAGAAAAUCUGCUUUUGUAGGUGGAAAUACCUUUUACCUGAUUAUGGAAUGUCAUUAACCUGUCCAGGAGGUUAAAGAAAUGCUCAUAAGGUUGGAUAGAAAAUGCAAGAAGGAAUGUACUAGGUUUACAUGCUUUUCUUUUUUGCAUCAGAUAGUGAUGUUAGAAAAUAUGCAAAUGUGUUAAAAGCAGAAGUACUCUGACCUUUCUAAAUUUUCAACAACACAUGGCACUUCAUUCUAAUAGAAUGCUUCUAUGAUGAGUUUCCUAACUUUGGGUCCCUUAUGUAAUAAAAAAAAAAAAGUUGGAAUUAGAUGCUUGAUAGCAUGCUCAGCUAAGUGGUGAACAAUUAAAACACUGCUUGGUAAGUAUGCCUUACGGUUAUUGAACAAAUUCCCUGUCCAGUUACUUUAGCUAAAACACUUUCCUUUUCU